CCCGGCUAUUACGUUUGGUAUAUGAAAAGAAACUGUCCUUAUUCGUCUGUUAUUUCGAGAAGUCUCACGAGGCUUCUGGAGGCCGGCUUAGUGAGGCGCUUUUACCUGAAACAUAUGAAGACCGACAAACCCAGCGAUGGAGUCAUUAGGCGCCAGAAAUCAGCUGGCAGCCCCAUCGAAGUCGGUCAGCUGUGGGGCGCCUUCAUGGUCUGGGCCUUUGGCUUAUCCCUCGCCCUCCUCGCUUGGGUAUUUGAGACGGCAGCUUCUGCUAGCAAGAAAGGGGCGAAUUACAGUACUGAGGGGGAUAAGGAAGCCCGUGGUAUUUUGUGUUGUUGAAGAUGAGGUGAAGGCUAAACCUGG